GUUUUCUUCCUCCUUCUCCACCUCCUACCUUACACACACACUCACUCUCACGGCACACAUUUUCCAGCCAUUAUUCUUCAACUCAUCAUUCCGCUGCUUCAUCCGGACUGACCGUUCAUCGUUCCAUAUAUAAUCAUGUCGUCCACUCUGCAAAUGUUCUUCAACCGUCUGGUUGCCAAGCCUUCUUAUGUGUCAACCACAGCAACACCGUCCGACAACAACAACAACAACAACGGCCAAGACUUUACCUCGGGCGACUCGGCGUCGGAAGACAGCUGCUAUAUAGAAACGCCAGUCGAUCCUGUCGCUGCUGCUACUGCUGCGAGACAACAACAACAACCACAACCCUGUGCACCAGCUGCUACAGUUCCUGCUGCUGUCGCUGCCUCGCCUAUUCCCAUACAGCAACCGAACCAUGGCUACCCCUCCCCUGGUUCCUUUUUGUCGCCUUACGCACAGAACGUCACUUCGCCUCUCUCUAUGAGCGACCUGAGCAACUCGCCAGAUCGUACCAGAACUGAUUUCAUGCCGAACAUCCACGCAUCAUCCUUUGGAUCACACUCCUCAUUAUCCGUCCCACCCGAUGAAACGUUGUACUUCCCAUCAGGCUCUUACGACCAGGACUUUCCGCUGGGCGACCUGCUUGGCGAACAACAGCAGCUGCCACCCAACGCAGAUCCUGAUAUGCUGUGGGUUACUCCACAGCACUCAUCCGGAGAUAGCAGCCAGCUACACCAACAGCAACAGCCUCCAACGCUGGCCUUGACCACGACGUCGUCCGUUGAAAGCAACAAUUAUAUGCAAGUGCGCGGGUCCCGAGCUUCUUCGUGUUCCCAGACGCCACUAUUGGCACUGGGUGGUUCCUCCAUUGAUAGUUUCGGAUCAUUCCAAGCUCCGCCAUCACAAGCGUCCUCGUAUUCACAUCAACAUCAUCACCACUAUCAACAGAUGCACAACAAUAACAACAAUGGUGGCGCCAUUGAUAUCCCACAACAGCAGCAAGGGCAGCAGCAGCAACAGUCAUCAUCUGACUUGUUCGGGUCUACUAUUAACCCUCAAUGCAUUACCACCCCUAUCUUGUCGAUUUCGCCUGCACAAGCAUCGUGCUCGUCGUCCAUACUUGGCAACAUGAUGGACCACCUUGUCAUUGCUUCACCUUCGGUUCAUUCCGAGCACUCUGUGUUUUCGAAUCCUUUUCAACAACAACAGCAGCAACAGCAGCAACCGUCCACCAUAUCAUCCUUUGACGAUCAAUUGUUGUUACAGCCCCACCUCCAUCAUCAACAACAUCCGCACCAACAAAACGAGAGCAAUAUACCCUCCUCUUCAUUGCCCAUAGAUUGGGACAUUUAUUCUUGGGUCAAACAGCAACAGCUCUAUGGAUCUAUGAUGUAUGAAGAGCAACAGCUGCCUAUUGAAGAUCAUGCUCCGUCACCUAUCAGUGAGCAGGAACAGCAACAGGUUGUUUGUGUAAAACAAGCUGAUACGGAGGAAGCAGCUCCAGCAGUAUCACAACAGCAGCAGCAUCAAGAACAACGGCAAAGACGACGGCAGCAGCAGCGUCUACCGAGAUCACAAAGACGUCAACAACAACGACCACGACGUCCUCCAGCCAUACGGCGCACUAUCCAUAAAUGCCCUAAAUGCUCGCAUACAAGCAAUCGAGCAAACAACAUGAAGGAGCACAUCCUCACGCACGACCCGAACCGCGAAAAGAACUUUGCCUGCGAUUCCUGCGCCAAAGCGUUUGCUCGUAAGUAUGACAUGGAGCGCCAUCGCAAGACACACGAACGGCGCAAGAAGCCUCGCUAUCCAGAGAGCGGCACUGUUGUCUUCCGCUGACACUCACUGUACAGGACGCUGACAAAUAUCGUACUAGCGUCGAUACAUAUCCACCACCACUGUAUUUAGAUUUCUAUUUCUUUUUGUUUGUAUAUUCCUCUCUAUUUUCUUUGCUGUAAUUACUUCUUAUUGUUUCUUUACAUUAUCCUAUUCUUUUCUUCUAUUUAUUCUACCCUUCUUUGUUGUAUACACGGCCACUCUACUGCAUAUCACCCUUCAUUCACUCACUCACUCACUGAUUUGACAGAACUUUCUGAAUAUAUACGAAUGAAUUUCCAAGAGCUAUUCUUUUUCUUCAUGUAAUUCACAUGGUCUCGCUAAUUGACAGCAGUAGUCGCCGACAAUCGAAUGGACUAAUACUGGGCUCUAUAUUUGAAAUGGUGCCGGUGCUGCACUAGGUGGUUGGGGGGAGGGAUGAUGUACCUGA